AGCAGCCUAAUAUCUUUGAUCACACAUAUCCGCGGCAUAUAACAACUUAUCAGUAUACCCAUAGAACAAAUUUAGGGCUGGCAGCGCAGAAAUGCCGUCCUUUUUCUCAUCCCAAGCUCACAUGGCCUUCUCCUCCACCGUCUUCCUCUCCCCCAAUUUCCCCCUUCGUUCACCUUCUUCUCAAAUAACCAAACCCCGACAGAACUCCUUCCCCAUCCGCUGCUCUGAACCCAUCGCAGAUCGGCCUCCCAUGUCUUCGCCCUUCGACCUCCGAUCCUACUGGACCUCCAUGAUCUCUCACAUCGAAGCCGAUCUGGACGCCGCCAUCCCCAUCGCAUAUCCAAACCGAAUUUACGAAUCCAUGCGGUACUCCGUCCUCUCCAACGGCGCCAAGCGCGCUCCCCCGAUCAUGUGCAUAGCUGCCUGCGAGCUCGUCGGAGGCGAUCGAUCCAUCGCCCUCCCCACUGCCUCCGCUCUCGAGAUGGUACACACCGCUUCUCUCAUCCACGAUGAUCUCCCCUGCAUGGACGCUGCUCAGCUUCGCCGCGGCCGCCCUUCUAACCACGCAGUGUUCGGGGUCGACCUCGCUGUCCUUACGGGCGAUGCCCUUUUCCCCCUUGCCUUCAGCCAUGUCGUCGGCCACACCCCGGCUUCCCUCGUCUCCCCGCAGGCGAUUCUUCAAGUCAUCGGGGAGAUUGCCCGUACGGUCGGAUCCACCGGGAUGGCUGCAGGCCAGAUGUUCGAUCUACUGCCGGAGUACGGCGGGGAGCAGGAGGAUGUGAUAGUUGUACUGGAGAAGAAGUUUGGCGAGAUGGCGGAGUGCUCGGCAGUGUGCGGCGGGUUACUGGGCGGUGCAGAUGAGGAGGAGCUAGAGAGAUUGAGAAGGUACGGAAGGGCCGUGGGGGUUUUGUAUGAAAUUGUGGAUGACGUUUUAACGGAGGAGGAGAAGUCUGUGGGUGGCAACGGGAGAUCGGGGAAGAUGAGGAGCAAUGCGAGCGUGGUUAGGGCUUUGGGGAUGGGGAGGGCCAUGGAGAUCGUCGUGGAACUCAGGGAGAAGGCGAAGGAAGAACUGAAGUGUUUCGGGGAUAAGUAUGGGGAAAGAGUCUACAGCUUUGUUGAUUAUGCGGUGGACAGAGGUUUUAAAUUGGAGAGCCAUGUAACGGCUGUCGCCGGCGACAGUGCUUAUUCUCCAUAAUCAGCUUUGAUGUUAUUAGUUUCUUUUUCUUUUUCCCGUGUCCGGCGUCCUCCAGUCUUGGGAAUAAAUUAGGCCGAAUAAUGUUAUAAAUACUAGGGCGGUCAAGUAAGCUUCAUAAUUUUCCGUGCGAAUUUGUUCCUCAUGU